UAUGGUAUAUGGUAUGGUUAGGCGAUUUUCCAUCAUCAGUCGUGCGAACGAUGUCGAAGUGAACUGACUUGUUUAUGCUUCGAGGCGUCAAAGUUACCAUUUUUCCGAACAAAAAUAUUCAUUCACACAGUGAAUUUAUUACGAUUAGCGAAAUUUUUCGUUUCAUUCACAUUUGAUUCGUGACACGGAAAUCAAGAUUUCAAACUUAUUUAGAAUUCGGUGGCGAAUUUAGAAAGGAAGUAAAAUUAGUUAUUGUGGAAAAAAGGAGAAAGAACCGCAUUUCAGUCACCGGCUUAAAACGACUAUUCUACGUUUUUUUGUUUGUUUGAAAUUGUAUGUUUUGCCCAAUCGAAAUCGGGCGAUCAAAGCUAAGGGAGUAGUGUGUUUUUUUUAAAUGCGAACAUAUUAUGCGCUGACCGCAUGAAGUGCGACAACCAUUUAUUACGGAAUAAUAAAAUGCGUACGCGAAUAAAUUUACUGUUUCAUUUGUUUGCUUUGUGCUUGUGCUGAAAAAAUUGUUUGUCGACUGUGCACUUUUGCUAAAUGAUUAUCCAUUUAUUUAACACGCAAACCGACACAAAAAUCGAGGUAACGACAGAGUGAAUGAGACAAAGUGACACAAGCGAAAGGGAGACAGAGACAAAGCCGAAAAACUGCAGUCAGUCGCCAGUGAAAAUCAAAUAUGAAUAAUUUGUUGUUGAAAAUUUAUUAACUAAAAAUGGUGGUUGACGGUCUUUGUAACAUAUACAUUGUGUGACACGCGCGUCCGACAAGCAGGAAAAAGUGAUUAACUCAAACGAAUAAAAGCAAUGUAACUUUUGCAAAUAAGUAAAGUAAAUAGCGAAAAGAGAGAGAGAGAGAUACACAAAAACACAAAAACAAAAGUGCUAAAAUAUUCAUUGUGUGCAGCAAAAACUUUUGGGCAGAGUCCAUUAGUGAUGAAUUAUAUGCGAUUCGAAAGAUAUUCGUGAAAAACUUUCAAAGUGGUAAAUUGUUCUCAACCAGAAAAUCGAUUUGCCGAGUCGUUAAAUCAUUUGGCGUGCCAGUGCUUAAAGUGUUUUUCUACAAAAUCACACCGAGAGAAGAGAGAUCCAAGCGAUCAAAAAUUGUGUACUUUGCUCGUAUAAAAUCAUGUUAAGUGUUCGUGUGGCUUAAAAUUUUAGUUAAUUUUUGUUGCAUAUUUUCUUUAUGGUGUUUGCCAUAUUUUGUUUAAUUUUUGUUCUGAAAAUGAAAGAUGACAACAAAAAAAGAUAGAGAAUCAGCUAAGAACAAAGCAUCUGCAACAGAUCAAAAUUCAAAUUCAACGACAAACAAUUCAAGCUCCGUAAAUACUGUGACACCUCCGUCACCAUCAUCAUCGGCUACAUCGCCAGCCGGAAAUACUUUAGAAACAAGCACAAACUCAACAACAAAACGUACAAAUAAACCGCUUAUGGAAAAACGACGACGUGCUCGUAUAAACCAGAGUUUGGCCAUUUUAAAGGCGCUGAUUUUGGAAUCGACAAAAGCGAAUAAUAGCAAAACGGGCGAUGUACAUCAACCCAAGCAUACAAAGCUUGAAAAAGCAGAUAUUUUGGAGUUAACGGUUCGUCAUUUUCAAAAGCAUCGCCACAUUGACAAUGAGGCGACCGACAAAUAUAAAGCAGGUUAUGCUGAUUGUGCCAGAGAGGUAGCUCGGUAUUUGUCGACGCCAGAACCACCUCCAUUACCGUCUGUUCCAUCAUUAGCUGAUAAUGGAUGCAAGACCCGUCUUUUACGUCAUUUAGAUCAGUGUAUUGCUGAAAUAGAAACCGAAAUAUGCCCACGUGUAGAUCCAGCCACCGUAGCAAAUACAACAACAGCAAAAAGUACCAUUUCAGAUAAGCCCGGAUUUGAAGACGUUUCAAUGGAUGGUAAUCAAAAUUCAAACCCUUUGGACUAUAGCCAAAGUGGCGUAGUAUACAAGGAUGUUAACGGCAAUGGUGCAGCUCCAUCAAAUAUUAAAUCCAAUGAAUUUGUUGAUCAGAAUGGCAUUAAAUCACCAUCAGCUGCUUUAGGCCAGCUUUCUCAAGUGUUAGCUCAUGCAUCGCCUGUGACAUCAAACGGUGAAUAUUUGUCGGAUCAAGAAUCGAAACCAUCCGAAUUUGGUUCGGAAAAAUCCAUUUCUUCGGUUAAAUCAACAGUUGGUCUUAUCACACCGAAAAUCGAACCAAUUGCCUAUUACCCCGGUUCAGUGUCUGCUACCGCACAACAAAUCAAACCGGCUGAUAUGACUCAGCUGCUUGAAUACGGUGAAAUAAAAUUGAUUGAUGCUAGUUCGGCACCAUUUCGUGUGCCGCCCCAAUAUCAAUUGGUAUCAUCCUCGUCUGCUCUCGAAACAAUUGAUAGCACAAGAUUGAAUAGUAGCUCCCCAUUAAAGCCUUCGCCAAUAAAAACCGAGCCGACAACACUGAUCAAACCACAAUCAACCCCAACUGAUUUUGAGAAUUUAAUCGAAAUGAAUGCACGCAAACAAAAUCUUGAUUCAACGGCUGAAAUUGCGGCCGCAACUGCAACGGCAAAUAAAAUGAUUAAAUUCGAACCAAAGACAAUUGCAAAUACAGCGGUUGUAUCGUCAUCGCCGGGAAAUAUGGUAAUUUCAUCGACAUCGGCGUCACCUUUUUCCAGUCUCAAAGCACAAAAUGGUGCAUUAAAAGUGAAACCUGGCAACGGUGUUGUGGCUGGUGCUGUUCAACAAAUGGAUGUUGAUGAAACAUCAAUAAUUAGCCCAAAUCUAAAUCAUCUACCGUCACCAAAAUUUGCACUCGGCAUGGAUAAUAAGCUAAUCAACAAAGUGAAAAUUGUUGUGGACAAUAUGAACGGCGGUGGAAAUAUCGGAAAUUUGGCGGGCAAACAUCGACUUGAUUUAGAUGCAAGCGGUUACCAUUUAAUGCCACAUCCGCAUGCAUCAUUAAUGGCAGCCGCUGCUGCACAGCAGGCCGCAUUUCCCGGCUAUAAUUUUCACAGCAGCUUCCAUUUAUAUGAGUAUAGUCAAAACAAUCAAAAUUUUCUGAAUCAACAUCGCGUCGAUGCGGAACAUCAUAAUGCAAUUGACGACAGCAUGUGGCGACCAUGGUAGAAUGGAAAAUAUCGACGCAAAAAUAGAGUGAUGAUUGAAAAACCAAAUGAAUGAACGAAUAAAUAAAAAAAAAA